AGCACAAGCGUCCCAUUGCUCUUAUCGUCCUUCAUGUAACGCUGAUGAGAAGCAUCAGUGCUUGGGCUCCCAUCAUCUGCCUGAGCACUUCCUCAUCAGGACAGGCUCCGGCCGAUAAUCUGGAGGGAAAACCUGUCCUGGAUGUGGAGCUGCAGCGAGGUCCUGGAAAAUGGGAAGCUAAAAAUUAGGCUUUGAGUAAGGUCCCCUUUGUAAAGAAUCUCUUGAGAGCAUCCCAGGGGAACGGUGGCAGAUUCUCCUCUGGAAUCCAAGAAGGCCUUCCACCGUUCAAAGAACUGAAACACAACUUCUCUCUGGAUUAUCUGACAUUGUGAUCACCCACUACCAGCUGACUCUGUUCUUAAUAGAUGGGUUCAGCCUUUAAUAGGUUCUGCAUGCAGUUCUGCUGCUGCUGCUGUGCUGCUGCUGAUGACGAUGAGGAUGAUGAAAAGCAGCCUUUAGUACCUGCGGAUCCUUUGGACUAUUUUACCCGGGAAGUUCAGAAGCGUCGGGAUGAGGAAACCAACCUGUGGAGUGAGCCGGGCGACCCCAGCCACUCGGAGAGAGAGGAUGACCGGACGCUCUACGCCCUGCUGCAAGCCAGGCAGAACACCCGCAUGGGCUCCACAGGCUACCGUCGUCUGAGUGUUGACAUCGAGGCUAUGAGAGACACGCGCAGAGAAGUCAGAGACAAAUGGAAGACAGUCCUGGAAAACCUUGGUUUUAUGGCUGAGGCAGACUCUCUGCUGACUGUGUCUGCUGGCGGCUCACAAGACCGCAUGCGUAAUGCCCCAAAAGCACGUGCCCUCCUUCAUACACUCCACUCUGAGACCUCCAUCUUCAACAGCAGCAGAGAACCACCACCAGAAAGAUAUCUGUUCAUCCUGGAUCGUCUCCUGUACCUAGACAUUGCUGAAGAUUUUGUGGCAAAGGCAAAACGCUUCUAUCCCCCAAAGGAUGACUCCGACGAAGAGGUGCCGGGUCUCUCCGUGAACCUGCCACUGCUGCUGGCCAGGAUGGGGGCCAUGAAUGGAGGAGGGGAUGACGAUGAGGAGGAGAGCGAAAAAGAUGAUGAUAACAUGAGUGACUGAGCUUAAGAUCUACUGGCUGCAGUAAUAAGUGACAGAAAGCAGGGGGCAGUAGUCAUCAACCUGGGAGACCUGGAUGACAGAAUUGCAUAGCUCUUAGUGUUUGUUUCCUCGUACAGUGUUGCUGCUGCUUUUUUUGGAAGUUUUAGGCUGAACAAUUUCCCCUUUCUCAUCUAGCUUGAGUCUUUUCUGUUUAGUCUGGCCAAAAUCUGAAAGGAGCAUCAUGGAUUUUGAAAUGAAUGCCGCAGAUGUGUUAACUGUGUGUGUGUUUUCUCUCCAGCAAAGAGUGCUAUCGUGUUUGUAGGCAGUUCAUUGUUCACGUGUUGUGAACCUUCAGGGUAGCGAUGUUCUUCUGAGCAAUGCCUCUUUAUAUUUUGUCCUAUGAUUAUCAGCACUUGUUUCAUUCGAUCAUAUGAUCAGUAAGAACAUGGAAAUAAAUAGCACACCAAAUCUGAUGUCAGAUUUUUUUUUUUUUUUUAAGGUUUUACAAGAACGAGUGCGUUUGCAGAAUCACUGCUUUAACUCAUUAACAUCUGUAUGUGGUUGAAAAUAUUUGGAGAGGUAGCAAAAAGAAAUGCAAUGUUAGUACUGUAUGUUGAACUUUUACAUUGAUUGAAUGUGUGACUGAGAUGGAAGGGUGUUUUUCCUCUUCAGCAAUUUGCUGGAAAAAAAAAAAGAAAGAUUUAUACAAGUGUGCGACAGUUUGUGCGGUGGCGUCAAGUUAAUACUGAAAUAAAGUUCCAGACUGAAGCCUGUUAUGUGCAAUGCCACAUGCAUCUUACUUGUGUGAAGUAGCUUGCUUUUCCUGAAGUUACAUAGAUUAAAAUGAAUAAAAUAGGCAAGAAUUUUUUAAAUCAAGUUUAAGUUUAAGAGCACUGAGCAGUGGAAACUGUGGCAUGGGUGCAACAGUCUUUUGAAGUGGAACACAAGAGCCUUCUUCAUCUG